CUUCCGAGCUACAUCGCACGUCUUCCUACGGGGCUUGACCAUGAUGUCCGGCAGCUGCUAUUGCGCAGGGGAGCUCUUACAAUUCCCAGCAAAACGAUGAUGGAUGGGUUACUGAGAGUAUUUGUCUGUCAUGUAUAUCCUUUACUACCAGUCUUGGAUUUGGCCAAUUUCCUAGGGGCAGUAAACGGUACAAACAGCGACAGUAUCAGUCUGGUGUUGUUUCAAGCUGUGAUGUUUGCAGGAGUCGCCUUUGCAGAUCUCUAUCAUUUACUACAAGAGGGAUUUCGAAGUUAUAAUGACGCCCCAAAAAUCUUUUUCGACCGGGUAACGCUCCUGUACGAGAUGGAUGUUGAGUCAAACCCUACGACGAUGAUACAGAUACUGCUUCUUAUGACAUACUGGUAUGGUCAGCAGAAUGUUACGAAGGGUCGAUUCUACUGGCUACGAAUCGCUUUCUCUUUGGCCACUGAUAUUGGCUUGGACAGGCAACACCAGUUUUCAAACCAGUCUGUCCGGCAGCGAAUGAGGCAAAAAUUGUGGUAUUGUUGUCUAAUGAGAGACAAACUUCUAUCGAUAACGGAGCGGCGGCAAAAUGCUCACUGUUGCCACCAUGAGAACCUCGAGGGCCUCGACCCAGAUGACUUUGAGGAUGCGGCUCUCAGUCAGGCAUGAAUAAAUACUAUGUGCCUGGCCAUGGGAUUGAAACAACGAGCCUAGGUCGAUUAUGCGCGCAAAAGGUCAAAUUAUGCCUUGUUGUUGGACGUAUCCUCGAAUGGCAAUAUGAAUUGAGUGGCGUACGGCUCGUGGACUCAAGCGACCCCUUCAUGGUCUUGAUACCGAAAACGAAAGUACUCAGCACCGAAGCAGCGACUCGGGACCAAGAGCUUCGCGAAUGGUAUAUUGAGGCGGCUUCUAUCAAAGAGGCAGCCUUGGGACAGGAUCAUGGCCUGAAUGGAAGCCUGCUAGGCUUACAUUCUGCAAGCCUCGAACUUUUAUAUUUGACUGCGCUUUGCACCGUCCAUCGCCCGCUGCUCCUUCAUAGGCAAGCCAAAGGCUCUGCUGCUGAAGCUUUGCAAGGCUUCUCCGGGCAGACUCUUAGAGCUGCCGCACGUCGAAUCUCGGAAAUAGCAAGACAGUUGGAGGACAGCCAUCUCCUACAGCUUAUGCCACCGCUGGCCGCGGGAGCCCUUAUUGUGGCAUCCAUUCAACACUUGAAAGAUGCUCUAUCUUCUGAGGCAGAGCUUCGAAGCACAGGAGACCUGUACCUCAAGCAAACUCUCCAAGCAUUUGCGGCAUUAAGCCCAAGGUACAAUUCCGCAGAUUGUGCAAUC